UUUAUCGUGACAAAGUAGCGAUUGUUCGUGUGUUUGAACGUAUAUUCAGGAAAAACAGUUUUUUAUAGUUAUUUUUGUUAAUCGAUUGAAAAUGAAACCGGAUGAGGAAGUCAUAUAAUGCUUAAUUAAUUUAAAUUAUCUAGUGCUAUAUUCGCAAAUUGUGUUUUUUUUUGUAAAAAGAUAAUGAAAAAAUUCGAAGCCAUUUAUACGUACCUGAUUCUCAUAAGCUUAUGUUUGCUAGUAAUUUAUACGUUUAAUGUAAGUUUUAAAACGAGUUUCGUGAGUACACAUUUUCAAUCGAAAGUUAAUAUUGAUGGCAGUUACAUCAAAGACCAUAAUGAUAUUGUGAACAAUUAUUAUAAAAGUAGAAAGGAUUGGCAGACAUCAAACUUGGGUACAUUUAUGUUCAAAAAUUUUUCACAAGAAAUUAAAUUAACAAAAGAAAAUGACCCUCUUAGUGAGUGCAGUGUGCACAAUUGUGAAUUCACAAGAGACGAUACAACAAUAAGCAGUGCUGAUGCUGUAGUUAUCCACAUUCAAAAAGGUAUAUUACCAAAUGUUACGGGAAGGAAUCCGAAGCAGAGAUGGAUUUUUUUGAGCGAUGAAUCCCCAAUGCACUCGUUUUCCAUGUCGAAGUCGCCGCCUAAAAUAUUGGAUUUAGCAAAUAUUUUUAAUUGGUCUAUGACUUACAGGAGUGAUUCUGACGUGCCUGUGCCUUAUGGUAGAACGAUUCCCUUACAAAAGCCGAUUCUAAACGAAAUGACAGACGAAUAUUUAACCAAGUUAAUACCGUAUUGGAACAACAAGCAACGAGAUAUUCUAGCUACUAUCCUUAUAUCAAAUUGUGGUGUUUCGCGUAGGAUGGCUUAUUUGAAAGAAUUGCAGGAACAAAUGUCCGUUGAAGUCUAUGGACAAUGUUCUAAAAAUCAUAAAACAAGCUGUCGCGGUCAUUUUCGAUCUGAUUGUAAUUUGAUUGCGAAUUACUUGUUUUACUUAGUGUUUGAGAACUCUCUAUGUGAAGACUAUUUGACAGAGAAAUUGUUUUACAACGCCUAUAGUAAGGGUGCGAUACCCGUGAUAAUGGGACCUUCUGUGGAUAAUUGUAAGCAUUUACUUCCUCCUAAUUCCUUCCUCCACGUCGAUAAUUACAAAAAUGCCCAAGAAUUGGCGGAACACAUGCUUCGUAUUAGUAAAGACGAAAAUAAUAUUCUUUCUUAUCAUCGAUGGAGAAACGAUUUCGAAGUAGUGAACGAGCAUGGGUAUUUUGGAUCUAAGUCCUACCAUUUUUGCAGAGUAUGCGAAGCAUUAAAUUAUAACGAUGUAAAGGAAAAAGUCUACGAUGAAAAGGCCUUACGGAUUUUUUUCGAUCGUAAUUUUUCUUGUCGACAGUAACUUCACAGUACUAUAUAUUAUUCAAAUUUCAAAUUUUAUAUAAUUAUAGAAGUUAAGUGAAUAAGACUAUUUUGAUAUAUAUA